AUGAACGCUGUCCUGUCGUCCAUCUUUCUCGGGGAGAAAUUGAACAGACUUGGCAAGAUUGGAGUUUUAUUAAGUUUAGUUGGUUCCACUAUCAUAGUAAUACAUGCACCAACUCAUGAGAAGGUUUCAAACUACAGUGAAUUGGUUGAAAGGUUCAUUGACCCUGCUUUCCUCAUAUACUGUGGUAUUCUACUCGUUGUUGCCGCUGUUCUCAUUGUCUUCAUCGCUCCUAAACGCGGCCACAUCGAUCUUAUGGUGUACGUCACAAUAUGUAACGUUGUGGGGGCGCUUACAGUUUUGUGUGGUAAAGGGUUGGGGAUUUCUAUCAAGGAUAUAUUUACCCCACCCGAAGUUAACCCAGUAACCCCCUACCUACACCCCUUGUUCUGGGUGCUGGUCGCAGCGAACUUGAUAGGAAUACCAGUGCAGGUCGUAUAUUUUAACAAAGCCCUUGCCCUGUUUAACACGAGCGCUAUCUCGCCCAUUAAAUACGUCUUCACCAACCUCUUCCUGAUCUUCGGAUCAAUCCUCCUCUUCCGGGAGUUUGCUUUCCUCUCAUGGAGGGAUUGCACUGGACUCGGAUGUGGGUUCGUCACCAUAGUAACAGGGGUCGUCCUCCUAAACUCAUAUAAAGACACGAAACCAACGUCAGGGUAUAACCGAGUGCCAGACCUGGAAAUGGACUCACUGUAA